CUAUUUCAGCGCUCGCACCCCCUCCCCCCGCCGCCGCACCGCGCCUUCCAAACCCGACCACUGAGAACAUUCCCACUCGUCUCCGCGAGUGGAUUGCAUUCCCCCAAAACCCCGCCGCUGAAACGCGUGCGGCGCGGGCGAGAUGGCGGCGGCGGCGGCGGACUGGAAGGAGGAGCGUUCGGCCAUGGAGGACGGAGACAUCGAGGACUGCCUGCUCGCCGGCAGCGAGGACGACAAGGCGGAGGCGGAGGCGGGUUCGCUGGACUCCCAGCGGUGGCCGCGGAGCUUCCGGGAAGCGACUGACACCUUCACCAUUGCUCCGCCUCCGGGCUUUGGUCACCUGGGCGACGACAGGGGACUGGGCUCUGACCUGACGCUGCCUCUUCUGUCGGACAAGCCAGAGGGGAAGCAAGAUUCAGUCAAGAACUUGCUACCAGAACACUUGGGUUCAGUGAUAUGUGAUGGGAAGCUCCCAGAUAAUCUGCACCAGGAGGCUACAGCAGCCCCAAUCACUCAGGGAUGCAGCCUAACACAAACUGUGUUCAAUGGGGUCAACGUGCUUGCUGGUAUUGGCAUUUUCUCCGCUCCAUACACCAUUCAUGAGGCAGGAUGGGCCAGCCUCGCGGUUCUGGCUUUUUUCGCUAUUGUUUGCUGCUACACUGGGGUUCUUCUCAAGUAUUGUUUUGAGAGCAAAGAUGGUGUUAAAACAUUUCCAGACAUUGGAGAGGCUGCCUUUGGGAGGAUCGGUCGCCUUCUCAUCUCUAUUGUUCUGUAUACAGAGUUAUAUUCCUUUUGUGUGGAGUUCAUUAAUUUGGAAGGUGAUAAUCUGGCAUCAAUAUUCACAAGCACCAUUUUCGAUUGGCAUGGCAUUCAUGCUGAUGGGCGGCACUUCUUUGGAGUGUUAUUUGCUCUUGUUGUCUUGCCCAGUGUAUGGUUGCGUGAUCUUCGAGUGAUAUCUUACAUUUCAGCGAGUGGUGUCUUUGCAACUCUUGUGGUUUUCCUAUCUGUCGGUUUAGUCGGUGCUUCUGGAAGUGUAGGAUUCCAUAUGACAGGGAAAGCAGUGAAGUGGGAUGGUAUACCCUUUGCUAUUGGGAUCUAUGGCUUUUGCUAUGCUGGGCACUCUGUAUUUCCGAAUAUAUACCAAUCAAUGUCUGAUCGCACAAAGUUCAACAAGGCACUGUACAUAUGCUUCGCAAUUUGCACAGCCAUAUAUGGUGCUAUUGCUGUCAUGGGAUAUCUCAUGUUUGGAGACAAGACUCUAUCGCAAAUAACUCUGAAUCUUCCAAAAGAUUCAUUUGCUUCAAAAGUUGCACUAUGGACAACGGUGAUUAUUCCUUUCACAAAAUAUUCUUUGGUGAUAAACCCAUUGGCUCGCAGCAUAGAAGAGCUGCGUCCAGCAGGGUUUCUGACAGAUAGAGUCUUCUCUAUUACUCUGAGGACUGCCCUUGUUGCAUCAACUGUAUGCAUUGCUUUUCUCCUGCCAUUCUUUGGUCUUGUGAUGGCGCUCGUUGGAUCUCUUCUUAGUAUACUUGUGGCGCUCAUCAUGCCCGCGCUGUGCUUCCUGAAGAUCGCUCGGAAUAAAGCGACACGGUCGCAGGUCAUCGCGAGCGUGUUCACCGUGGUGCUGGGCGCCGUCUGCGCCGUUCUGGGGACGUACAACUCGAUCGCCAAGAUUGCCGAGAACUACUGAGAAGUAGCAGCAUCCAAUCCAAGAUGGGGAAGCACAGCACAGGGCGCCAUCGUGCCCUGUAGCCCCUGAUCUUACUGCAUGACCCGUCCCGCCUGUGCAGGGCGCCAUCGUGCCCUGUAGGCCUGUAAUAAGAGGGAUCGAUCCUGUGUCUGUCACAGUGUGUCUUACUAAGACUUGGUGUA